UGAUAAAUGAGUGCAAAGUCUGUGAAAGUCUUUCAAUUGAAUUAAAAGUCUUCACAAAUCACUUGAUUUUGAUUUUGUGUUAAUUUGCGGACAAAAACAAUGUUUCGCUUAUAUUUGAGACACAAAUGCCUUUCCGUUGGACUUAAUAGGUUGUCAUCAAGUGGUGAGAGAUGUGAUCACCGGAUGGCCAGCACUUUGGUGAUCGUCGACCACAACAACUCCAACCUCUCGAAAGUCACUUUGAAUACCAUUAGUGCCGCCAAACAGAUCGGUCCCGACGUGUCGUGUCUAGUCUUCGGCACCAAAGUGUCAGAAGUGGUCCAAAGUCUGUCGAAAGUGAAGGACAUUAAGAAGAUAUUAGUGGCAGAAAACGAUGUCUUCAAAGGGUUUUUGCCGGAAGUGUUGGCGCCGUUAGUGGUGUCCACACAAAAACAGUUCAAUUUUACACAUAUUAUGAGCGGAUCCACAGCUGUUGGAAAGAAUCUGAUCCCAAGAGUGGCCGCACAGCUGGACGUAUCGCCCAUUUCUGAGGUAACGGCCGUCAAGAGUGAGGACACAUUUGUGCGACCCGUUUAUGCGGGAAAUGCUUUGCAAACCAUUAAAGUCUUGGACGCAAUCAAAGUGCUGACAGUC